CAUGUGCACACCGACAACAGAUAAAGCAAGCAGCAAAGGACAAGGGUGAUAUAUACCUACAUAGAACGGCCAACCAAACCGUCUUAAACAUUCCCUUUCCCUGCUUUUAAAACAGUUUCAAGAAAAAAAAAAAGUCCAGUUUACUCUCUUUGAAGCUGCUAGGCAUCAUUUACUCCUGCCUUGUGUCCUGAUCUUCCAGCACUUGCAUCCAUGGACACCGCUCAAUGGCCGCAGGAGAUUGUGGUGAAACCAAUAGAAGAGAUACUCACCAACACAUGUCCAAAGCCUGCAGCUUUAGAGAGGAAAGUAAGGCCUCAGAAAGAGCAAGCCCUAAACUGUCCGAGGUGCAAUUCAACGAACACAAAGUUCUGCUACUACAACAACUACAGCCUUACACAGCCAAGAUACUUCUGCAAGACUUGUAGAAGGUAUUGGACUGAAGGUGGCUCCCUCAGAAACAUUCCCGUUGGAGGGGGUUCAAGGAAGAACAAGAGGUCAGCCACUUCUUCCUCUUCUUCUUCAUCAAAAAAGCUACCUGAUCUGGUGACACCUCCAGGCAUGUCACAGUCUUCCUCUCAAAACCCUAAGAUCCGUGAUGGCCAAGAUCGUAAUUUGGCUUUCCCAGCAGCUCAAGAUUUCAGAAAUAUCUCUGAAUUGAUUCAAGUACCCAGCAUUGAAAACAGCAACAAGAACCGAAUUUCUACUACUGCUAGUUCCACUACUCCCACUACCUCUCAGCUUUCUGCUUUAGAGCUUCUUUCUGGACUUACUUCAAGGGGUUUCAAUUCCUUCAUGCCCAUGCCUCUUACAGAUCCAAACACGGUUUAUACGUCUGGGUUUCCCCUGCAAGAUUUCAAGGCGCCAACCCUGAGUUUCUCACUGGAUGGGCUUGGAAGUGGAUUUGGGAGUUUCCAAGGUGUUCAGGAGACAAGUGGGAGGCUUUUAUUUCCAUUUGAAGAUUUGAAACAAGUCUCUAAUUCAAGUGGUAUUGAGCAAAACAAAGAGCAAGGAGAUUCAACUGGGUAUUGGACUGGGAUGUUAGGAGAAGGAUCAUGGUAAAGAAAACGAAGAUAAUAUGGGGUUUCUGUUCUUUUUUGUUUUGUUUUGUUUUUUUUUUUUAUGAGUUUUAGGUUUUUAUUAAUUUCUCAUGGUCGGUUACGUGUUUGGAUUUCUUCAUAACUAACAGAUAGGAUACAUCGGUUUCUUUCUCCUUCCGCUUCUCUAUAUUUUCCUCCUAAUCAUCUUGUUUUACUCCAAUUACGAAUAUUUAAGAUCUUGUUUACUCAAUGAGCAGAGUGGGGUUUUGAAGCUUAUUUUAGGUUGGCUUCAGAAGAUCAGGAUGGCAUGGGAUACGCAUAUUUUACAAGGACAGAAGAAGAGAUCAAGACAUGCCCGGAUUUUUUUAGGGUUAAACAAGUAGAUCAUAAGAAGGGUAUGCACCAUGCCCUUUAUUUUAUGUAUUUUCUUCUAUCCCAAAAAACAAGAACAGAUGGACAACCCAUUACUUUGUGUGCUCUCAUUGGCUUGGUACGAAAAAGCUUGUCGGAUGUUCAACUUUUCCAUCCAAAAAUAUGUAAAUUUGCAAGUUUGUAAGGAGUUUCAUGGAUGAUGAAUAGCCUUUGUUUAUAAUAAUUUUCAGCUUAGCAGACAA